GCCUCGGCCUUCCAAAGUACAGGUAUGAGCCACCACGCCCAGCUGUGCAGUCUUCUAUCCAGAAUCUUUUUGUUCCUGCCCUAAACCUGGCACUAUAGCCAGAGCAGGCUUUUCCCUAAAGCUGUUGCCAUUUUCUCUUCUCAGGAGACCUGUCUUCUGGUUACCUGGAUGAUAUUAAGCAGGAAACAGCUAAUGGGCCCACCUCUUGUCUGCCUCCCAGCCGACCCAUUAACAAUAUGACAGCUACCUAUAACCGGCUGUCGAGAUCAACAUCAGGCCCCAGACUUGGGUGCCAGCCCAGCCUUCCUCGUGUGCUGAAGCUCAACAACUCAGACAGCCAGGACAUCCGGGGACGGAAUAGAAACAGCCAGAAUGGGGCCAUAGCCCCUGGGCACGUUUCAGUGAUUCGCCCUCCUCAAAAUCUCUACCCAGAAAACGUUGUUCCCUCUUUCCCUUGUGCGCCUGCAGGGAGAUACGGAGCUAGUGGUAGGAGUGAAGGUGGCAGGAAUUCCCGGGUCACCCCUGUAGCUGCCAACUACCGCAGCAGAACUACAAAGGCAAAGCCCUCCAAGCAACAGGGAGCUGGGGAUGCGGAGGAGGAAGAAGAGGAGUAAUGGUGUUUCCAGAGACUUUACAUCGGUUCCUGUCUUCUGUGUAUAGCAGCACUUGCCGCCGUGCAGACCCACCUCUCUGGCUGUUUGGGUGGGAGAGAUUUUCCAGAUUUUAGUUUUUUCUAGUUUAUGGCCAUUUUGUGUCUUUUGAGGUUGUGUAUGGGUUUGAGGGAAGGGAGCAGGGUGGCGUUUGAGGAACACUUCAGCCUUAGCUGCCACCUUUCGGCAGUAGUGAAAUACAAAUUGCAGCCUCUUGGCUGCCAGGGCCCCCUUUUGACUUACUGUCGCCACUGCCCCUUGGUGCUGUGCGGUCCCAGUAGAAGGAGGGGAAGAUUUUGGAAAACUGGUACUCACCAGUGAAGUGAUUAUCUGCCCUGUUGGGGCCUAAAUUUGGGGGCUUUUGGGCAACCUCUCCCUGUACUGCCUCUGUCCACACUCGAUUGGGCCCCAGGUGUGUGUGAGGCGCUCUGGUAAGGUGCUCAGGCCACUUGCAAUGUCUGUCAGUAACAAGGCUUUUGAAGAUGGAUUGAGCUGAAGGUGAGUGGACUGGGGGCUGUGUUUUAAGCUGCUUCCUUGGCAUUUGGCAACACUGCCUUCUGUUCCUGGUGGGGGGGGGGAUGGAUCUUUUGUCCUUACUGUUCUCUAAUGGGGAGGUCUGAGGGCUCCCUGUCCCCACAGGGGCUAUGCUGGGCUCUGUCGCAGCCCCAUGCUUGCUCUGAAAACCAAGUGUCAGAGCCCCUUCUCCUUGUUUUUAUUUUACUAUUAUAAUAAUUAUUAACUUCCUUGUAAUAGAAAUAAAGUUUGUACUUGGAGUUGAGCUCA